UCUACUUCACUUUCUGUCUCGCAAACAAAAGAUCAAAAGAAUCAUGGCUUCAAUACCGUGUACUUUCCCAAUACCCUUAAGUUCAAAACCCAUAAAUUCUGUUCCUUCUUUGCCAAAAUUUCGUUCCAAGUUUCUGGGUGCUCAAAACUCUAUAUCUUGGUCAAGGCCUUCAAGAAUUAGACCCUCUAAUGGUUUAAGAAUUCGAUGCUGGUUCAAGUUUGGUAAGAAUGGUGUUGAUGCUGAAGGCGCUGGCAUUUAUGGCAGCCAAACUAGAGAUGAUUUUGACACAGAUGAUGUUGAGCAGUACUUCAAUUACAUGGGCAUGCUUGCUGUUGAAGGUUCGUAUGAUAAGAUGGAAGCUCUUUUGAACCAAAACAUCCACCCAGUAGACAUCUUGUUGAUGCUGGCUGCCUCGGAAGGUGACAAGCCGAAAAUUGAAGAGCUGUUGAGAGCUGGAGCAAGUUAUGAUGUCAAGGAUGCAGAUGGGCGUACUGCCCUUGAUAGGGCUGUCAAUGAAGAAAUAAAAGACUUCAUUCUUGGUUUUUCUGUGCAAAAGACUUGAUCUGGAUGAAUCAAUCUAUUUUAAUCAAUACACUAGA